GUGUGUGUGUGUGUGUUGCACAGUAUAUCCGUAUCUGGUAUCUAUGUGUGUGUUUGUGGCUUGCACUGUAAAUCCAUAUCUGGCAUCUGUGUGCAUGUUUGUGUGUAUGUGUAGUGAGUGUGUGUAGUGACAGCAGUGUGUGUGUGUGUGUGUGUGUGUGUUGGCCUUUGUGUUGACACAGCAGUGAUUUAGGCCAGCGAGUGGGUGAAUGAAUGAGUGUGUGUGUGUACGUGUGAAGGGGAGAUUGUGGAGCUGGUUUGUGUACACAGAUGCAGAGAGAGAGAGAGAGAGAGAGAGAGAGAGAGAGAAGGAAAGGGAAUGAGAGAGAAAUGGAGAGAGAGAGAGAGAGAGAGAGAGAGAGAGGGAGAGAGAGACGUGUAAGUGUGUGUGUGGGGCCACACAGGGACGUAGAGAGCAGGGAGGGGGACAGACAGAAGGAGAGAAAUGGAGAGAGAAAUGGAGAGAGAAAUGGAGAGAGAGAGGGAGAGAGAGAGGGAGACAGAGAGAGAGAGAGAGAGAUGAACCAAAUGAAUUGAGAGAGAGGCAGACAGACACACAGACACAGACAGUCAGUCAGCUAUAUGGAUAGAUAGAUGGAUAGAUGGAUAGAUAGAUAGAUAGAUAGAUAGAGGGAGACAGGCAGAAAAACAGUAGUGGUAAGACGCAAAGGACAGUAAAGAAUAAAGGACGUGAAAAAGGGAAUGAGUGGGAAGGCAAACACACGUAACAAGAAGAGAAAAAGAAAGAAAGAAAGAAAGAACAAAAGGAUUGAGAAUGGGAUAGAGAAAAUAAAAGAAGAAGAGAGAAAAGUGACGGAGAGAAGGAAGAUGAAGAAGGCAACAGCAAAAAGGAAAGUAAGGUAUUGAGAAAGGGAGAGAGAUUUAAGGAGGUAGAGGUAGAAUGAGAGCGAUGGGAAGAGGGAGCAAGAGAGAAUGAGGUAAAAAAACAAAGUGAAGGAGGGAGAGAGAGAGAGAGGGAGAGAGAGAAUGAAAAAGAAAGCAAAUGCAGCAGGAACGAGUUAGGGAGUGAGAGGCAGAGUGAAAGAUGAAGCUAAAUCGAGCGAGAAAGAAGAGGAGUAGACAGGGAAGGAGAAAUCGGAGGAAGAAAUGAGAGAGUUCAAGGGAGAGACGGGAAGUGGGGAAGGAGAGAGAAAGGGAUAGUGGGAGCAAGAGAGAUGGAGGAAGAGGGAGGUAGAAGGGGAGAGGAUGAGGAAGAACAAAGGGAGAAGGAGAAACUAUGAAGAGAAAAAGGAGCUUGGAGGAGAGAGAGGGCGUGAGAAAGGGAUAGACGGAGCAAGAGCGAUGGAGGCACAAGGAGGUGGGUCAAAGGAAGAAGGGAAGAAGAAGGGAGAGGGAGACAAAGGUGAAAAGAAAGAGGACCGAACCAGACAGGAAGUGAGAGAAGGAGAUCAAUAGAAAGAAUUAGAGAGGGGAAGAAGGAAAGGGAGGAAGUAGAGAUAAAGGUAGAAAGGGAGCAAGAGAGACAGAGGUAAAAAGGAGGGAGAACAGAGAGAGAGAGAGAGAAAAAAGAGAGAGGAGAAGAGAGAGAGGGAAAGUUAGUGGCUAGCCACAGUGUAGUAGAAGCUCUUUAGCGAGGUUGUGUGCUAACGCUAACAUGAAAGUAGAGAGGAAAAAAGGGAAAGAAAAAGAAAGGAUGAAAGGGACAAAUGUGCUUUAAUUCCUCAGCGUUCUGCUAGAAAAACAUUACGAGCAGCCGAGUUCGUGGAAAAGGCUUUGGCUCACACAAAAGCAUUCGAAUCAUCAAGGUAUUCAGCUGCUGUCAUUUUCCCGCGAUGGACGAGAGAGCGAUACACGAGCCUGUCUGGAUCGAUAAAACCAAACCUGAACACUGGUGUAAUCGUGUUUGAGAGCGUGUGGGUGUGCUGCCUCUCAGGCCUUUUCUGCCUCAGCUGAAAGCUUUUAUGCCUCUCAAUGCAGGAAAGAACACAAAUGUUGAACAGACAAGUUCCUGGUUUUAGUGACGUCCCUGAAGAUUUCACAAAAUGGACGUCCAGGAAAAAGCGUUCUCUAUAAGCACCGACUCACCAGAGGCAUCCAUGAACAAGUUUUGGGUCAGACAUACAGCCAGAAUGAGAGAGAGAGAGAGAGAGAGAGAGAGUGUGUGUGUGUGUGUGUGUGUGUGUGUGUGUGUGUG